AAGCAGACAUGUAUGAAAGAAAGACUGUGCUGGUUGUUGAAUUUAAAUGAGAAACGCAGCUUAUUGUGUUCAAUUUUGUAAAAUGAAUCUGCCAUUUGCUACAUGUUGAGAGAUGGGGCGAAGAUCGAGGGAAGUGUAAGCCGCAGAACCGGGGAAAGGGUGGGGUUUAAUAGGCUGCGCGUACGGUGCAUAUUUCGGUAUUCAGCCGAGCAGUUCUGUAGCUAUGCUGACCGGUCGGCCGUACGACUUGAUCAUCUUCGGCGCCUCUGGCUUUACCGGCCAGUAUGUGGUGGAGGAGACGGCUCGGGUGGCGUCUGACGCGGAUGGCCUGCGGCCGCUCACCUGGACUGUUGCUGGCAGGAGCCGCACUAAACUGGAGGAGGCGUUGGGACGGGCGGCUAGCGCUCUGGGAAUACCAGAGCUGAAGUCUAAAGAAUGUAUAAUCUGUGAUGUAAAUGAUCCACUCUCACUUGCUGCAAUGUGCCAGCAGGGAUCAGUGAUCCUCAACUGCGUGGGACCGUAUAGGUUUUUCGGUGAGCCAGUGGUGAAGGCCUGUAUUGAAAAUGGAGCUCAUUGUGUUGAUAUUAGUGGUGAACCUCAGUUUUUGGAAGGCAUGCAACUAAAAUAUGACCAUCAAGCUGCUGAUAAAGAAGUGUAUAUAGUUGGAAGCUGCGGCUUUGAUUCCAUUCCAGCAGAUAUGGGGGUAUUGUUUACUAGGAACCAGUUGAAAGGUAUUCUAACUGCAGUUGAAAGCUUCGUAUUAAUAAAAACGGGACCUGAGGGUGCCACUUUUCAUGAAGGAACUUGGCAGUCAGCAGUCCAUGGAAUAUCUGAUCAGGAUAAUCUGAGGAGACUGAGAAGACAGUUUGGACAGAAACCCCUUCCAGUUGUUGGGACCAAACUAACGCGGAGAGGUUCAGUAUUUUAUAGUGACACAAUGAAUCAAUAUGCUAUCCCAUUCAUGGGAUCUGAUGCUUCUGUAGUCAAACGCACACAGCGUUAUCUGCAUGAGAACUUGAACGAAAGCCCUGUCCAGUAUGGUGCGUACGUUGCUGUAGGUGGAAUCGGAUCGGUCAUAUUUCUGAUGGUAGCUGGUUUCUUUUUCUGGUGUUUCACGAAGUGUAGGUUGGGAAGAAAACUUCUAAUCAAAUAUCCGGAGUUUUUCUCAUUUGGAUAUUUUACACGACAAGGACCAACCCAAAAACAGAUGGAAGGUACCUCUUUCAGCAUGACUUUCUUUGGUGAAGGUUAUCCAGAAGGCCUAAAUCCACAGCAUGGCAAACCUUCAGUAAAAAUAUGCACUCAAGUGAAAGGGCCAGAACCUGGUUACAUUGCAACCCCGAUAGCUAUGGUACAGGCAGCUGUUACAAUACUUUGGGAACAAAAGUCUCUGCCCACUCGGGGUGGGGUGUAUUCACCUGGAGCAGCAUUCUUGAAGACAACUCUGAUUGAAAGACUGAACACACAUGGCAUUGAGUUCACUGUUAUCAGCAAGCCUGAAGCAUAAAUGCUUUCAUGUGAUUUGAGUCCUCUGAAUGUGGUGCUUCAUAGUCCUGCUAUUUACUGCAUUCACAAGAUUUGUACUUGAUAAUUAACAGCUUUUUAGUAGUAGUUGGCUCAUCUUGUAAUAUAAUGAACAAGAAUGAUAAAUAGUUUCAGACUUGCUUUUGAGGAUUGAUGUUCUGUUCUGAUGGUAAUUAAACUUGUUGAAUGUAACUAUUUUAAAGUUGUCACUUGUGUAUUUAAAAUUUAAUUGCAAUUAAUCUGUUUGUGUUCAGUAUGUUAAAAGGGAAGAAGCAUUGAAACAUCAUACUUCCAGCUGUAAUUCUAACACAAUUCUGAACACUCAUUAUCGGGUGUCUGUCUGUCUGUCCGUCUGUCCUCCCACACUUAGUUGUGUGGGUUCAGCCAUGUGCAUUCAUUGGAUUAGCCUGUGCUUAUCAACAGUGUAUUGCAGUGGUGUACCAUUCUGCAGGACGGUUGAUGAGGAGAUUCCCACUCUUGCCUGGCAGCAAGUGUAUUGGAAAGAUUUGCAGACCAAUGAGCAACCAGUUUGGCCACACCUUCCUUGGCCAACAAGUCCUGGCUUGUGAUUGCUCAGAGCUUCUGGCCCAGCGGUAGGAAUGUUAUUGCUGCCAUGGGGUAGGUGAGCUUUUUUGUUUUGAGUAAUGUUGAUAAAUCUAAAUAAGCAUGCUGUCUAAAACAUCUUUACCUUGUCAAUGUCAGGAUCCAAACUGGUGCUGUAAUGUCAAAAAGAAAAUGCAUUGAGCAAUAUGACCAAAACUGUCAGCAUCAAGCUUUCAGUUGGAGCUUGGUGUGCAAUGAACCGCAAGCUCUAUAUUUUGGGAUGUUGCUACAAUUUACUAAGUCAGCUAAAUUUAAGAACAAAAGUAAUAUAUUCCAUAGGGAACAUAGUCUAAAUGACCUAUAACCUUAAGUAUGGGUGUAAAGAUAUCAAUAACAAUUUCCACUGAAGCAGCCCAUGUCCCCAAAAUGUAUCUUGGAUAUACAAUCAAAAGUGAAUGUUAGUUUUCCUUUCAUGUUGUACAAAUGGUUGCAAGGUGAAAACUGACACAAUGGUUUUUUUUUAAGUAAUCUGUUAUUUCUUAAGCUUCCAGAAUAUAUUUGAAUGGCUUGGAUGAAGGAAGAUGUGGUCACGUAUCCAAGAUUUCAUCAAGUUAGAAGGCACUUUGUGUUUAUUGGGUGAAGAGAGAAUUGAGUUUGGCUGUGAUACUUCAACAUAACUGACAACUUAUACAAAUAGGAAGAAAUAUUAGGCCUUUAGACGAAGUACAAAGCUAUUUCAUGCAAGCAAAAUAAAAGAAACAUUGCUAAAGUGA